AUGAAGAAUUUAACUGCUGUAAAGCAAACAAGCAAGGAUGCCAAGCAAGAAAGACGCAAAAAGUACGCUGAUUUGGCCAUCCAAGGUACAAAUAAUUCCUCAAUUGCUUCCAAAAGGUCAGUGGAGUUACUCUAUUUGCCUAAACUGGGUUCAGCCAAUAAUUUUCAAAGAGAUAAAAAUGACAAACUGUUGGAAUAUUUCAAAUUUUUCGUUCCUAAGAAAAUUAAAAGAUCCCCCUGUAUUAAUAGAGGCUAUUGGUUGAGGCUAUUUGCCAUCAGGUCAAGAUUGAACUCCAUCAUUGAACAAACGCCACAAGAUAAAAAAAUAGUUGUUAUUAACCUUGGGUGCGGGUAUGAUCCACUGCCAUUCCAACUAUUAGAUACCAAUAACAUCCAAAGUCAGCAAUAUCAUGACCGUGUUUCUUUUAUUGAUAUUGAUUACUCUGAUUUAUUGAAAAUUAAAAUCGAGUUGAUCAAGACUAUACCUGAACUUUCGAAAAUCAUUGGUCUCUUUGAAGAUAAUGAUUAUGUUGAUAAAAGUAAUGUUGAUUUUUUAACUACUCCAAACUAUCUCGCCAGACCGUGCAACUUGAACGAUUCUAAAAUGUAUAGUAUACUACUAAAUGAGUGUCAAUUAUACGAUCCAAACAUCGUUAAGGUAUUUAUUGCUGAAGUAUCACUGGCGUAUAUGAAACCAGAGCGUUCUGAUAGUAUCAUUGAGGAAUCUUCUAAGAUGGAGAAUAGUCAUUUCAUUAUUCUUGAGCAGCUGAUUCCAAAUGGACCAUUUGAGCCCUUUUCUAAGCAGAUGCUGGCGCAUUUCAAGAGAAACGACUCUCCACUACAGUCUGUACUAAAGUACAAUACCAUUGAGUCACAGAUUCAACGAUUUAAUAAAUUAGGUUUCGCUUACGUUAACGUGGGUGAUAUGUUUCAACUGUGGGAAAGUGCAAAUGAGGUGACCAAGAAUGAACUUCUGAAGGUAGAACCUUUUGACGAACUAGAGGAGUUCCAUUUAUUCUGCCAUCAUUAUGUUUUAUGUCACGCUACAAACUAUAAAGGAUUCACAUUUACUCAAGGGUUCCUGUUUGACAGACCGAUGUUCGAGACUGAUUUAGCUGUGGAUGAAGACUAUCAGCUUCUAGAAUGGGAGUGCGCUAUUAAUAGAAAAUUUGGCGAUGCAGCCGUCGCUGGGAAUGACGUGUUUUACAUGGGAGGUAGUAACCCAUACAGAGUGAACGAAGUAUUGCAAUUAAGUAUAGAUCACGAUAAAAUGGAUAUAAAGAGUAUAGAAGUAAGCAGUAGUGAGGUCCCCGUGCCAAGAAUGUGUCACACUUUUACGACCCUUUGUAAAAAUGACCAGCUGCUACUUAUUGGUGGCAGGAAGGCGCCCCACCAAGGUCUCUCUGAUAAUUGGAUAUUCGAUAUAAAAAAAAAAGAGUGGUCGAUGAUUCAGAGUUUAUCAAAAACGAGAUUUAGACAUAGCGCAUGUAACUUGCCAGAUGGCAACGUCCUGAUCCUUGGCGGGGUUACAGAGGGGCCUGUCAUGUUGCUGUACAAUGUCACCAAAAAAGUCUUCAGAGAUGUAACACCGAAACAUGGAUUCUUUCAAAAGUCACUAGUAUCAGCAGGCCUGGCAUUUGAUUUUGUUUCCAAUCAAGGCGUUAUAUUGGGUGGGGGAUAUAUGGAUCAAACAACUGUCUCGGAUAAGGCGAUCAUUUUCAAAUACAAUCCGGAGGAUGUCAUUGAACCAAUUACGGUUGUCAAAAAGCUCCAGCAUCCAUUGUUUCAACGUUAUGGCUCCCAGAUUAAAUAUAUUACUCCAAAAAAGCUAUUGAUAGUCGGUGGAACAAGUCCUUCAAGGCUAUUUGACCAGACUAACUCUAUAAUUAGCCUUGACCCCCAGAGUGAGACGCUAACGUCCAUUCCCAUCUCAAGGCGCAUUUGGGAGGACCACUCCCUGAUGCUUGCGGGAUUCAAUUUGGUUACCACUGCUACGGGAAUCAUACAUAUUAUCGGAGGUGGUGCCACUUGCUAUGGAUUUGGAUCAGUGACUAACUUGGGUCUCAGGCUCAUAGCAAACACGAAAGAACGCUCCUGUCUGGAUUCGAAUGGUUGCCAGCUCGCUAUGUGA